AUGCGUCUAAUUCACACAGGGCGUUUACAGCUCGAGGAAUUCACAGAUGAAAUCCCGCCUUACGCGGUCCUCUCGCACCGAUGGGGCAAGAAAGAAGUUACGUUCCAAGACAUACUCCUCGGCCGGAACCAUGAUACGGAGGGCUACAGAAAAGUGGAGAACAUGUGUAAAGUAGCCAACCAGGAUGGCUUCGAGUAUGCCUGGAUUGACACAUGUUGUAUCAAUAAAGAAAGUAGCGCUGAGCUGUCCGAAGCGAUUAACUCAAUGUUCAGAUGGUACGAGUCGGCAGGACAGUGUUAUGCUUACUUACGCGAUGUUUCCUCGAACAAUGAUCAAUCUGAUUUAUCGUCCAAAGUUAGGAAGAGUGAAUACUUCAAACGAGGUUGGACCCUUCAAGAACUCAUUGCUCCGUCGGAUGUGCGUUUUCUUGCAGAUGACUGGAGUGAGAUAGGAUCAAGAGACUCCUGGAGCACCUUGAUACAUGAGAUCACCAAAAUAGACGAGUCGAUUUUGAAAGGUUCAGCACAGUUGUCCGAUUUUAGCAUUGCCAGGCGAAUGUCAUGGGCUUCAGGAAGAAAGACGACACGUGUGGAGGACAUAGCCUACUGUCUCAUGGGGAUAUUUCACGUGAACAUGCCGUUGCUCUAUGGAGAGGGCGAGAAGGCUUUCAUAAGACUACAGGAAGAGAUUAUGAAAGAGUCAGCCGAUCAGUCACUUUUCGCAUGGGAAAUACGCGAAGCAUCAGACCGACCUGAAACUGGUUUGCUUGCACGAUCGCCCGCUGAUUUCAAGCAUUCCGGAGAUAUCGUGCCCUUUUAUUUUUCAAAGAAGGAUUCUGCUCCGUUCUCGGUGACCAACCGGGGUAUAAGACUGCAUUUACCCCUGUACCAGAACCUACUGGUAAAGGACAUACUUGUCCUCGAGUGUCAGGACACCUCAGAAAAGUAUAGAGCUCUUGUGGGGAUAUAUCUGCUUCCGAGCCCUGGCGGACAGUUCCAGUAUAUGAGACAUAACUCUCGAAUCAACAGGGAAAUUCCGCUGUCGAAAAUGCGUCAUGCCAAGGCUCAAACGAUCUAUGUGAUGAAGACAUCCAUUGGCGAGGGAGGGGGCUCCCUGCUGCAUGAGCAUAGACCUUAUCACUACGCAGGAUCUCGUCUCCGCAAAGAGUUAUCACAAUCAGGAGAGCCACCUAAAAAGCUAAUUCUAUGUUUCGACGGAGGGAGCCAGAAGCGUCAAGCGAAUCAUCAAUCCAACAUUGAGAAAAUCCAUAACAUGCUUUAUGGCACGAACGGUUCCCAGCUUUGUUACUACCAACGAGCCAAUUCUAGCCGUGCUGGUGGUUUCAAGGCAUGUAUAGGUGAUGGAUACAAUUGGCUCGUAGAUUACUAUAAUGUCGGGGAUGAGAUAUUUCUCUUUGGCUUCUCCAAUGGGGCUUACAUAGCUCAAGCACUCGCAAAAAUGGUCGAUUAUAUUGGAAUAUUGCCUCAAGGUAACGAGAGCUUUCAGGCUGCCUGGGACAUCUUCCAACGGUGGAAUACCUAUACGCUGAGGGCCGAUGCUGAUAAGAUGUGGGAGGAAAGAGAGAGUUACUUUAAAAUGAAAGACUUCCGGGAAAAGCUCUGCAAGCCCGUUAACAGCAUCCGAUUUCUUGGUUUAUUCGAUACGGUCGUCGUCAAAUCCAAACAUCUCGACGGAGAAGGGGAGCGAAUCUCGACAGCUACGGAGAUUUCGAAAUCAGCCAGUACUAUUUGUCAUGCAGUUUCAAUAGAUGAAUAUCACGCUGCACUACGUCCAGUUCUACUGAAAGAGGAGCUCAGCGAUGGACUACGUAUGAAAGGAGUCAAGCAAGUCUGGUUCCCGGGUAGUCAUGCUGAUAUCGGGGGGCUUGUACCGCUAGACCCCGGUGAGGCUUGGAGCCUCGGCCAUAUCCCGCUGGUCUGGAUGGUCCGCGAGGCCUCCAAGGCCGGCCUGUCUUUCAGGCUCACGACGCAGUUUGGAUGCGAUGAGCAUACGCAGGUCAGCCCAUUAGAUCUGACCAAGAUAAUGGACAGUGGUAGUAUAAGCGACCAGUACAAUGCAUUCACAGCUAGUCCAGAGACCAUAUUCUCUAGCGAUCAGUUGAAGGCCUCUUUACAUCUUGCAUCCAUACAAGGCCACCUGCACAGCACCGGGAACCACACACACAAAACGAAUCGAAUGAUCACCCGCGCUUUUCUUACCCCUACCGUAUGCCGAAAAUUAACUCUCACAAAGCCUCGGAAUCUUCCGCUCUACGCUAAGGUGCAUGUGUCCGCUAUUCGCAGAAUGGGCAUGGAGUCAGCCCAUUACCGUCCAGCCAAUGCGAUCAUAAGCCGCGACCCAGGAAGAAAUACGACCUUGCAUGCAGCGUAUAAAAGAAAUUAUCUGAUAGCAUUCAUUGGUCUUAACGAUACGAUCGGACAGUGCUACAUCGUUGUAAACAAGGCCGAAGCUCAGUCAAUUGCGCCUGCCGGGCUCUUCUCUGAAACCCCCGAAUAUGCGACGAUGCAGCUUCCCAUGUUCGUCGGGUUUAAGAACCUACUUUAUUCGAAGAUCCGAAGAAGGGCACGCCUGGCUUAG